AUGACCGUGGAGAGCCCGCAGGAAUCCGUCACUGAUGACCGUAAUGUUAUCUUCCUCGACAUCGACAACACCCUCUAUUCGGCGAGCUCAAAGAUUUCACAGGCAAUGGGAGAGCGUAUACAUGCCUACUUUCUCAGUCUUGGUCUGGAGCGGAAUCGUGCCACCGAAUUGCACCAUAAAUAUUAUACGGAGUACGGUCUUGCUUUGAGAGGCCUAGUCAGACACCACGAGAUCGAUCCGCUUGACUUCGACAAGAAGUGUGACGGAUCUCUGCCACUGGAGAAUAUGAUCAAGCCCGACCCCGAUCUUCGAAAGCUGCUGCAGGAUAUUGACCGAAGCAACGCUAGAGUCUGGGCUCUUACGAACGCUUACAAGACACAUGCAUAUCGCGUCCUCCAAAUCUUGGGGGUCGACGACCUGAUCGAGGGGGUCAUUUAUUGCGACUACGCAGAUCCCAAAUUCUCCUGCAAGCCCGAACCCCAGUUCUACCUUGACGCUAUGUCGAAAGCAGGUGUCGAGGAUCCUAAGAGGUGCUUUUUCAUCGAUGACAGCCGGAACAAUGUCGCAGCUGCUGUUAAACUUGGGUGGGGGCGGUGCGUUCACUUUUGUGAGGCGGGCCUAGAGACCGUGGAAGGCGGCAAAACAAGACAGAUCGGCGCGGACGGGAAGGACGCCCUACCUGAAGCUACCGUUAUCGGUCGACUGGAGGAGCUGAGGACCGUUUGGAACGAUGUGUUCAAGAAGAGCACAGACGAGUCGUUGACACAGAUGUGA